UAGCUCUUCAUUAACAAGCGGAAGAGUCUGCAGAGCAUGCACUGAAAAGAAAAGAGAGACCAGAGCAUGGAAAAAAAAACAGAGGAUGCCAGGGGGCCCAUCAAAAAUGAAGGGGAACGGGAAGGCUGGAAACUAGAGUACGGAAAGGGGAUAAAAGGCUAGUAGUGAUGCCUGCCUUUUUCUUCUUGGCUCUGCUCCUCGGUCAUCUUUACAGGGAUCUGGAUGAGAUGCUGACCACCCUAGGCUCCUUUCCUCCUCUGCCUGAGGCAUCAGCUAUGGAAGCAACACAUAUAAAUAUGUCGCAAGCCCCGCUAGUUAAUGGGGGCAUCACUGCCAAGAUUAAGAAAUGCAAACCUCGCGUGAUGUCCAAAAGUGGUCACAGUAAUGUGCGGAUUGACAAAGUGGAUGGGAUUUACCUGCUUUACCUCCAGGAUCUGUGGACCACUGUCAUUGACAUGAAGUGGAGAUAUAAACUUACUUUGUUUGCUGCAACCUUCAUAAUGACCUGGUUCCUUUUUGGAGUCAUUUAUUACGGCAUUGCAUUUCUUCAUGGAGAUCUGGAGGGGAACAAGUUCCCUUCCCAACAUAUGCCCUGUGUCAUGAAAGUUGACUCACUAACUGGGGCAUUUCUCUUCUCUUUGGAGUCCCAGACGACCAUUGGUUAUGGCUUUCGAUACAUCACUGAGGAAUGUCCUCAUGCUAUUGUCCUCCUAGUGACACAGUUGGUUGUUACGACAUUAAUUGAAAUCUUCAUCACUGGGACCUUCCUGGCCAAAAUUGCUAGACCCAAGAAAAGGGCAGAGACCAUAAAGUUCAGUCAUUGUGCUGUUGUAACCAAACACAAUGACCAUCUUUGCCUUGUGAUCCGAGUGGCAAAUAUGAGAAAGAGUCUUCUGAUUCAGUGUCAGCUGACUGGAAAACUUCUUCAGACCUAUGAAACCAAAGAAGGAGAGAGGAUUCUACUAAACCAGGCCAGUGUCAAAUUCCAUGUUGACUCCUCCUCAGAAAGCCCUUUCUUGAUUUUACCUCUGACUUUUUAUCAUGUAUUGGAUGAGAAUAGCCCUUUAAGUGAUCUUACUCCCCAAAGCCUGAAAGAAAAAGAUUUUGAGCUUGUUGUCCUUUUGAAUGCCACAGUAGAGUCAACGAGUGCAGUUUGUCAGAGCCGAACAUCAUAUAUUCCAGAGGAGAUCUUCUGGGGUUUUGAAUUUAUGCCUGUAAUUUCUCUCUCUCAGAAUGGAAAAUAUGUUGCAGAUUUUAGCCAAUUUGAGCUGAUCAGAAGAAGUGCGGAUUUUACCUUAUAUAAUUCAGGCUCUGAAAAGCAAAAACUAGAGGAGCAGUACAGAAAGGAAGACCAGAGAGAGAGAGAACGCAGAACAUUGUUGUUGCAACAAAGCAAUGUUUGAUUUCCCAUCUAUUCCAAACUGUAACAAAGUUUGGGCAGUAAUCUGUAUGGUUUCACUGUCCUGAAAAUGGAAAGGGAGAAAAAACAUAUUUGAACAGCUGUGAGGUGGAAAGUAUCCAUCCUAUUAUCAUGGGAGACAGCUUUCUGGGUUGGGAGCCCACAUUGGAUUCCCUCAUCCCACUAAGGGCCACUUUAUGCUAAAAUUUAGCAGCAACUGCAGUAACUUUCUAUGCACAAGAGAAUGCCAGAGUAUGCACCUAUACCAUAGAAUACUUCUGUUCUGCAGUCCAGAUUGUCUCUGUACUUUAUAGAAGGUAAAAACAAAUAGGAGGCGGUUGAUAAUAGUCUAGGAGCCAAAUAUACAUAUGGAUUGCAUGUCUCCCACGUCUUCCUUAUCACUAGACAUAGCUAAUCAACAUAUAAUUGUGGAAUUAUAUGUUAUCAUGUUAUCAUAGGGCCUAAAUGCAUUGAAGGAAUCAGAUCUCAUCUGAUCUUGAAAGCUAAGCCGGGUAAGCCUUAUUUAGAACUUGUAUGAAUACCGCCAAUUAACAGGUGCUGUCAGCUAUAUUUUAGAGGAACUGGCAAAUCCUAUCCCCUUUGAGUAUUCCUUGCCUUAGAGAACUCCAUGAAAUGCACAUGGUUGCCAUAAGUUGACGGGAAACCUUGAGGCAUGCAAACAUUCUAUCAUACCUGGGAUGAUAUCUCCUAGAAAGAAGAUACAGACUGAGUGAGACUAUUGGUCCACUUCUGUUGAUUGACUAGUGAUACCUGACUGACAUUUUUCCCAAUUCUAUCUGGAAUUGUCAACCAUUGAACCUGGGCCAUUUUGCUUGUAAAGCCAACACUCCACCAUAAACUUAUAGUCUUUCUCUGUUUUUUCAUCAGUCUUCAACAUGGCAGGUUCCACAGCAUACAAUGUUCAAAUGCUGUCAAGAUAUGGAGACUGAUAUAUUGAGCAAAUUCUCCAGAUAUUUAUUUGACAUAGUUUAGAUGUAUAAGUAGGAUUAAAUAAUUGAUUAUGAAACAUUUUAUAUUUUUGUGUGGAAGGAAUUUAUUUACCAAGAUUUCACACCUAGAUGUUAAAAACAUUUAUUUUAUGCGUAAAAAUUGUAGAGAUGGAAGUAUUGAAAUAUUUGGAAAAUUGUAGCAAGCAAUGAGUGGCUUCAGUUUAAUAACAUUUUGUACUAUAGGAUUAAAAAGCAAUCUGAUGUAUGCUAGCACACCCCAGGAUUUCCAAUAUGCUCAAGAGUUAUUCAUACUCAUCUGUGAGACAAAACCUUAAUCCAGUUUGGUCCCAAAUAGAGUAGACAUAUUGAAUCAAGAGAACUUACAUAAGUGUUAGUUUACCAAAUUCCCAUUGAGUUAAUGGGUCUAUUCAGGAUGGAAAUAUCAAUUGUCUAUCCUUGACCAGUGAUAUUGUAUGUACUGGGCUUAAAAUGUAAAAACCAAAAUGAGAAAGAGAGGAGACAAAAGGAAAAAGAGAAAUAUAUAGUAUUGCGCUGGAGAAAUGAUGGCAAACUAUUUGAAAAUGGGAGGGUGGUUGUCAGUGUCACAAAUUCAUGCUAAUAUGAAUCAUGAUCAACAGUCUGGCCCUGACAAGAAGCCCUUUCUUUGUUUCCCCACCAAAUCCCUGAAUAUUUCUUGAAGUCUGUUCCUUCCUCUCUUCCCCAAGACCCAGAAUUUUCUUGCCUAACCACAGAACAGCCAUGUAAUUGUCGGAGGAGAGCAAAGAGCAGUUGAGGAUCAGUUGGCUAUGUUCUUUUACAAAGUUCAUGACAGCCCUGGAAUCCUUCAGUAUCUCCUGGAAUCCUACUGAAGUCCCAUUAUGAUUUACCAACCAGCAUCAGAGUUUUGCUUGAUGAUAAUUUGGGGAAAGUGUGUGUGUGUGUGGUGGGGGGGGGGGCUUCUACAUGGCUGUAGACUGACAAGAAAACAGUGACCCUUUAAAAGGAGAUUUUUACCAACUGCAUGGUUUUUGAAUAUCCCAUCAGAGUAAAGAGAAUAUUAAAUAAAUGUUUUCUUUUCUUUUGUGGGAAUGAAUUUUUAAAAAUCCCUAUGCUGGACUUUCUUGGAUAUUGUAUUUGGUAGAAGCAAAAUAGAAAGCAGAGACUUGCUAUAACAAUGAAUUAUGAGCUUGCCUCCUGCAAAAAGAAAACAAAAGACACCAGGAAUCAAUGUACUUGUUCCUCUCAUCUGCCAUGCAAGGCUAGCAGGGAGGAUCAAGGCAUGAUGAUAAGUUUAAUUGUAAGAAUAUAUUGUGUCCCAGUGUGUGCUUACCUCUCUCUCUCUCUCUCUACACUCCCAUCCUUCCAAAUUAAAUGAAAGUUUUUAAAUGUGUCUAAGGAUGGGGUUACAACAGAGACAACACGGACCACAGUCCAAUUGUUGUUUUCAGACGGAUGUGGCCCAUUGAAUCCGUGGAAAAGUGGCAAGGGAACAAACAUAAAUUCGUUUGAUUCAGUGGUUUUAACCUAUUUUGGGUUUAAUCCAAAGCAAAAAAAAAGUAGUUUAAUCCAAAGCAAAAAAAGUCAUUUUAUUUACUAACAACACUAGUCAUGUUAUGAAAUGUAUACAUUAAUGUAUUUUAAAAUGUUGCUUGCCUUGUUUUGUAUAUUUGUUCAAUAUUCUCAAAUAAAAUAUGAAACAUACA